AUGGUGGCGAUGCGCCAACCAGCAAGGCAGCUUUGCCAAACACUUUCGCAAACCGGAUCAUCCCGCUUUGCUGCCAAUGGCCUGAGGACAUUACCUUCGUCGGCAAUCCAGACCAGAGCAUUUGCGACGCCCGUCCCGCCCGUCACUCAAGAUGCCACAGGAUCCAAGGGACCAACUGCCAUGGUCUUUCUGAACAUGGGAGGCCCCUCGACCACCGAGGAGGUCCACGACUUCCUGCUCAGGCUCUUUUCCGACGCCGACCUCAUCCCCUUUGGCCCGUUGCAAAAGUACCUGGCGCAAUGGAUCGCAAAGAGAAGAACACCCAAGAUCCAGGACCAGUAUGCAGCCAUUGGCGGCGGUUCGCCGAUUCGUAAAUGGUCCGAGCACCAGAACGCCGAGAUGUGCAAGCUGCUCGACAAGAUCUCGCCCGAGACGGCGCCGCACAAGCCCUACGUCGCCUUUCGCUACGCGAACCCGUUGACCGAGGAGAUGUACAAUCGCCUUUUGGCGGACGGUUUCGGCAACGGCAAGGGCGGCAGGGCAGUUGCAUUUACGCAGUACCCGCAGUAUUCGUGUUCGACGACGGGGAGCAGCCUGAACGAGUUGUGGAAGUGGAGGCAAAGGCUUGAGGGCAAGUCGGCCGAUGCUGAUGGUGGCUCGUCCGCGGCACUCUCCAAGGUGAACGAUGGCACAAUACAGUGGAGCGUCAUCGACCGAUGGCCCGUCCAUGCGGGCCUGGUGGAAGCUUUUGCCCAGAAUAUUGAGGCGAAGUUGGCCGAGUACCCAGAGGAGAGGAGAAACAAGGUCGUGCUGAUGUUUUCGGCCCACAGUCUACCUAUGACUGUGGUAAACAGAGGAGAUCCCUACCCCGCCGAGGUUGCGGCCACUGUCUAUGGCGUGAUGCAGCGAUUGGGAUUCUCAAACCCUUACCGCCUAUGUUGGCAGUCGCAAGUUGGCCCCCAGCCAUGGCUAGGACCUCAAACGUCAACUUCGGUCGAGGAAUACGUCUCCAAGGGCCAGAAAGACAUUGUUUUGAUUCCAAUCGCAUUUACAUCCGACCACAUCGAGACGUUAUUUGAACUCGACCAAGAAGUCAUUGGGGAUUCGGGACACCCCGAUACGGUCAAGCGCGUAGAGAGUCUCAACGGUAGCCAGGUCUUUAUCAAGGCCCUGGCUGAUAUUGCCAAGGACCACCUCCACAGCGGCCGUGCAUGCUCUACCCAAAUGGGUCUACGCUGCCCCGGCUGCAAGAGCGAGAGGUGUUUAGAGUCGAAGAAAUUUUUCGCCAGCCAGCAGGCGAGGUUUCCUGGGCCUGUGGUUUGA